AUGUGGAUGCAAGAAUGUUCCAACUGUGCUUCAGCCAAAACUGGCGGCUUGCAAGUAUGGAUGCGACAUCUCACAGAAAGUCACGUUUUACCCAGUGAAUGGCCCAGUGACCGCGCUGCUCGACUUAUUGGUCCCGCUGCGCUGAAACCGUACACCACAAUUACGGAAUCGAAGAAAAAACGAAGGAAGGAUAGUAUUCCUCGACCUUUGAAUAGUUUCAUGGUAAGUCUAUUCCGCCACGAUUGA